AAAGCGACGUCGACGUCGCGUCGGCGGCUCCUCUCACUGACGUCGACGCCAUCGCCGUCGUCGUACUGCCGUCGACGUCGGGCAUCGUCCCGAUCGCGUGCGUUAAUUUCACGUUCGAUUAACGGGGUUAACGACGAUCGCGAUAGACGUACGAUGGCGCGCGAGCGUGUGAAACAAUAACAAUCCGCGUUAAUACGCGUACACGCGUGCGUCGCGUCGCGUCGACGGCGACAGCGGAGACGCGCGCUAGUCGUCGGGAUAUCAAUCGGGAGAUAUCGCUCGCGAGCGAUGUGAUCGAAAAUCGCGUCGUUUAGCUUUCGUCCGGUAAAAGGACGAGGGAAAAUAUUGGAUCCGCGUGUCGCCGAUUAACUCGUGCUCCUCGCGUAAUCGACGUCAUCGUUCGAAGCGACGUCGAACGUCGCGGACAUUUGGACUUUGGUUCAAGCCGACGAAAUACGAGUGAGAGAAAGAGAGAGAGAGAGAGAGAGAUAGGUCGGAAAUAGAUAUUGAAAAUUAUAGACGUAACGAAGAGACGUUGGUGCGUCGCGAGAAGCGACGAGGAAAUACGCGCACCGUUUCCGUCGUCCCUCGCCAUCGUCACCGUCAGUGCUGGAGAAAGACUCUUUCGUCCCUGUAGAAAUUUUAUUUCUCGCGGACUUGAAAAUUCCCCCGGAUUCGCGCGUGUAUCGUUUCUCUCGAAACACGUACGUCCUCGACGAGUAUAGACAGAGGGAGUGGAAAGAUAUUUCGAGAAGAAAAAAAAAAAAAAAAUCGUUAAACAUGAAAACGGCCUACUUUCCUCGGGUAACGAAGCGUCGCGCAAUUUAUGUUUAUACGUGAGAACAUAAUCGGCAAAAGAGAAAGAGAGAGAGAGAGGAGAGAGGAGAGAGGAGAGGAGAGCACGCCCUUGACAGCUUCUUCGCGCUCGGAAGAGGGCGGCUCGGAUGAUUCGGCCCCCGUAUGACGCCCCACUUAGGCCGCUAGGGCAGCGCAUCCGCCACUGGCCGGUGGCGGUGACGAAAAGGGGCUGAUGUCAGUGCGGCCACUCGGCGGCGUUCGCUCGUAUCAGCAGCACAAGCAUCAGCACAAGCAGCAGCAGCAGCAGCAGCAGUGGCGGCGGUGGCGGCGACUCGUUGGAUGCGCGAACGCGAUACCGCACGCAUCGGCGUCGUACCGUAAACGAGACGGUGAGCGAGAUAGCCGACGACGACGACGACGAGGAGAAGGAGGAGGAGGAGGAGAAGGAGAAGAAGGACAAGAAGAGCAUCGGUGUCGGUAUCAGUAUCAGCGGCGGCAGCGACGACGACAAGAGGAGGAGGAGGAGGAGGAGGAGGAGCAGCUGCAACGACGACGACGACGACGGUGAUGCUCGGCGGCGGCCGCGAGAUAUUGACGACGAUCGGCGGUGGAUCGGCGGCGACGUUUCACGACGGCGACGACGCAUCUGGCGCGCGCGAUCGUGGCUGUUGCCGGCGCGUCGCCCGUCCCGAGGCGCAGCUCGUGGAAUAAUGCGCGUUAGGCACGACGACGUUAGCACGACGACGAGGCGCCGCGUUACGACGGGACGACGACGACGGUACGACGGUGCGACCCGUGGGACCCGUGCGACGUGUGGUGGAUCCGCGACGUGCUGCGGUCAGCUACGACCACGACGAUUACUACAACAAUUACUACUACUACCAUCGCUACUAUUACUACUACCACCACCACCGCCACCACCACCAUCAUCAUCACCGUCACCACCAUCGCAGCAGCAGCUGCAGCAGCGCAAUUAUGUACGGUUCCGAGAUCACGUAGUGUCGGGCGUGUAAUUAUGUUGUUGUCAUCGUCGCGCGGCGCGCCCUGCGUAGCUUCACGGUGAAAAUCUGGCGUGAACGGUUCCGCGGUGGAACGGGGAAUAUGGCGUCGGUCUCGGCCGAGACUCCAGCCAGCCAUGGGCACAGCUUCAGUAAGAAAACGUUUCACAAACCGACGUACUGCCAUAGCUGCACGGACAUGCUCUGGGGCCUCAUACAGCAGGGGUACAUCUGCGAAGUGUGUAACUUCGUGGUGCACGACCGCUGUCUCAAGGCCGUCGUCUCUCCCUGCUCCAGCAUCGCGGCAAGCCUGAUUAAGAACCCGGUCGCACACUGUUGGUCCGAACAAGUACAUCAUAAAAGAAAAUUCUGCAACGUCUGUCGGAAACGUUUGGAUGAUAAUAAUCCAUCCAUACACUGCGAAAUAUGCGAGUACUUCGUGCACAUAGAAUGCCAAGAUUUCGCGGUGGCAGACUGCAAGGAGAAUGCCACGUACUUGCCUGGGAAGGACCUGUCAGCAGUGAAACACACUCAUCACUGGCGGGAAGGCAAUCUUCCGAGUAGCUCUAAAUGCGCUGUAUGCAAGAAGAGUUGUUUUACUGUCGAGUGCCUUGCCGGGUUUCGUUGCGAGUGGUGCGGCAUGACGUCGCACGCGUAUUGUUACAAGAAUAUCCCCCAAGAAUGCACCUUUGGUAACUUGGAACCAAUUUACCUGCCACCACAUGCAGUUAGUAUUCCGCGUACCGAAGUUCCCAUGGAAGCCAUCAUUGGAGUACAAGUGCGUCGUAAAGAAGUGCCGACUCGUGAGUAUUCUUGCCGUAAGUGUCUGUCGUGUAAUCACGGUGUGCGUGUUAACAGGUAAUUAGAAUAAUAGAAUGAGGAAUUGAGCUUUAUUACAAAAUUUGUAUCGCAAAGGUACGCAAAUAUUUUAUUAUAAUUGGUUCUACCAGAAAUAUAAUUCGUAUAUUAAAACGAUAUUCUUCUUAAAAA